GUUGCACGCGCCUGCGAAAGACAGUGGUGGUGGCAAACGGCAAUACCUCAUCUCUUCAAUCCGUCUUACACACAGUUCAUUGCCACAAACUUGGAAAUCACACCUACAGGCUACAGAGAGGGGAAAAAACAAGCUGGGAGAAACUCUCUCGCCUCACCAUCUAUGGUUGGGCCUUAAAACGACAACCCAAGAUGGCCGUUUCUCUGAAUUCCGUUGUUGGCUUCAAUUCAAAGUUGCAAGCUAGGCACCAGAAUGCAUCAAGGUCUUAUGUGGAAUUUUUGGCACCAAAGGAAGUUCAAUUAAUGUAUGCUUCAAGGAAUAUUAUGAAGGAAAAUAAGUGGGGAUUAUGUCUCUCAGUUACAAAGAGCGAUCAGCUUGCCUCAGACACCAGCGAUAAGGGUACUGGAAAUGCUGGAACACCACUGUCUGAUGAUCAUCUUUCAGCACCAAAUGCCACCUCAUCAGAUUCUCCAGGAGGAAAUAAUAAAUUUCAAAAUACAGAAGAUGAUGAAUCAAGGUCUCAAGUAUCUGGGGAUUCUAAGCAAUCUACACCAAAAAGAGGGCCUCUAACGGCAAGAGAGAGGCUAAAAGCAGCCCGUGUUCUAAGUCGUUAUACAGAUUCAAAGCCACCAAAACCAGAAAUGGGUAGGAAAUUAUUGGAUGCUCUGAAAGAAAGCGAUAAAGGGAAGAAAAGAUCUCGCCUUCCUGAGGCCCCUACAAACUUGCUUGAUGACAGGGACCGGGGCAUGCCUAAGCAGGGUCUUACUUUUGAGUUUCCUGGGGGCACUGAUCUCUUCUUCAUAGCCUUUUCUUUUGUUUUUAUCAGCACUGUAAUGUUUGCAACAACUUACAUUGUAUGGAAGCUUGGGGCUGUCCAUUUUAAUGAGUACUAGUGUGGUGCUCAUACCUCAUGGAAAAUCAUAGACCAUUUUGAUUCACUCUAGACUCUCUUCUUACCACGUCUCGCUGAUACAAAUUGAUGUGGUUUAUGUAAAUGACAUCAAUUUCAUUUCAUUUCAAUUUCUAUAAUGUGAAGUGCAAUGUAUUGAUCUUCAAAAGGAUGUUGAAAUGGAAGUUUCAUGCUUACUCUCUUACAGAA